AUGAAUGAAGCUGCUAGAACUAGUGUUCUUUCACGCAAAUGGAAAUUCAUGUGGCAAUGUUUUCCUGUCUUGUUCUUUGAAGCGAAUUCCCCCACAAUGGAAAGAAUUAAAAAAGAUGAUCAAUUACUUUUCCAAGAAAGAUUAGGUAUUACGAGGUGGGUGAAUAGCGUCUUGGAAGCUCAUCGUGGUCUGACUAUAGAUGAACUGAGGGUGAUUUUUGACUUGGAUGUUGAUUGUGAAUCUUAUAUUGACAAAAGUAUUUCCCUAAUUGACUGCUAUACUUGGCCUCUUAAAUGUCGUGUGCAAUCAUUUGAUCCUCGUAAUUUGGCUUCCCUAAGAUCUUUGUGUCUUAAAUACGUCAAUCUUACUGUGGAAGACCUUGAGUGUCUUCUGAAAUAUUGCCCUGCCCUUGAGGAUUUGCGCAUUGUUGGAGGGGCAAGCGCUUUAACAGAUAUACAUCUUCCUCAUUCACCUCUUCAAUUGAAACAUUUAGAGGUAUCAUGUUGUCCCCGUUUGGCAAGCAUAGAUAUUUUUGUCCCAAAACUUGUGUCAUUCACCUACCAAGGGUGCCCCAUAGUGCUGUGUCUCAGAGGUGCCUCCUUGCUUUCUGCAGUAUCAAUUGGUAAUGGAGAUUAUCAAGGAUCGGUUGUACCCUUUGCUUCAGGAUCUCUUUCGACAUACUUUCAGCAAUUGGAUUACUUAAAAUGGGACUUGCUCCUGAACCCUCGAUGCAGUAACAUAAUCCAGUUUUCGGGGAAUGGUCGGAUAUAUGAUUUGUAUAAAAUGAAAGAAAUCAAAUACAAUGGGCGCCCCUUCACGAGUUUGAAGACAUUGGAGCUUUUUGGGUUAUUAGGACAACCAAUUGAUAUGCAAUUUGCAACCUUCAUAGUUGAGAAUUCCAUCAUGCUGAAAGAUGUGAUUUUUCAGUUACCAACGUUGAAUUAUGCGCCAUUUUACAAACAUGCAAUGAAUCGGAUUCGGAAGUUCAAAAGGUGUUUGCCGCAAGGGGUCAACUUUAUCUUGUACAAGUUGUUGGAUCGCAACGCGCAUGUUUCCCCUGGCUCAACAUAG